GACAAUCUUCGAAGUGAAAUCGAUCGUUUUGCUCAACGAGUCAUCUUGGAAAUUUGGAAGAAAAUGGCGAAGCAAUUUCUCUACGCAUGUGCCGUGCUAUCAUCUAUUCUACUUGUUUCGGUGUCGGCCUCUGUACUACCUAUUCCUGUCGGCUCUGCCUAUGUGGAAGCAGGACGACCCGAAGAUGCCAAAGUAUAUGUUGAUUAUCAGAUCAAAUCAUUCGAAUCGUCAGCAUCAGCCGAAAUCAACACCUACCUGGCCGACAACCCCACUGCUUACGGCCAAAGGAUUUUUGCGCAUUAUAUGCUUAAUGAAUUACGGGAAAUAUCGAAGGAUACAACAGCGAAUUCCAUUCAGAGAGAAAUAAAUAAUAUGCCGUCCGAUCGUCAACCUAAUUGGCAGGCAUUUAAAGCUCAAAUAGGAUUGUAAUAAAGCCCAAAUCGGAAGCAUGUUGUUCUAAGAUUUUAAUCUUUUUAUUCUUCGAUAAUAUAAAUUCAUGACUCUCAUUUCAAAUCUACUUUCAUUUAGUAUGCGAUAUAAUGUUCCAAAUUAAAACCUAAUUUUUUUUAAAUUCUCGAUAUUACUAAGCCUUUGAAAUAUAAAGCAGGAGAUUGUGUUUAAAAUCGACCCCCUCUCCUUUAUUUCAUUUAUGACUGCACAUGCUGCAAAAAUCACUCGUAUUUGUAGUCUAAGUUGAAAGAAAAUCUCAUAUAAAAUAUUUCAUAUCUCUCCUUAAUUAUAAAUUAUAAGGCGAAUAGUAAUUUAAAAGCUGUUGAUUUAUUAACCAAAUAUGUCGUAUUAUUUAAUCCAUUGAUUUUAUGAUAAUUCAGAUGCGACUUAUCGAAAUAUAACGAAGUUUAAAACUUUAGGGAAAUUUGUUUCUCAAUCCAAUGACUCUUGCAUCAUAGUGCUUAUUAUUCUGCUUAGCAAAAUUCGACCAAAAUUAAGAUUAAAAAAUUGUAACCGGAUUUGCAACUUCGUAUUUCCAAAAUGUCCUUUCCAAAUAUUACUUUUUUCAGCUCAUUUCAUGUGACUAUUACGACAGAAUCAUUUAUAUCUCAAUUUUUGUAUUUCACGAAUGCAAAUACCGAUGCAAAAUGAGCUGAAUUACAGUAAUUCUAGUAUUGCUAAAACUUUCCUGUGUGAUUAUACCACGCAAAUAUAUGAUUGAUGCAACUAUAA